AUGGCAGAGGUUGUCAUCCUUGCUGAAAUCCUCUCACACCUGCCCGGUCCUGACAUCUCGCGGUCGUCAACCGAGUGGGCCGUGUAUAAACAAAUGACAGUUGACCAGAUCAGAUCACUGCCCGCCACAUUACGAAGUCGCAGGAAAAGCAAAACCCUUUGUUCACUCCAUCAGGGGUUACAAUCCAGCCUGCUUGAGGAUGUUCUUCACGUUUUGUUCGAGCAAGCUAGGGCAACUAGACCCAGCAAUCUCCCGCAUUCUGAAGCUGCGGAUGUAUCUGAUGCUUUUCAGCAGGGUCUCACCAGUCUAUUCGAUGAACUGUUCACGAUAUCUCGCUCUUGGGCUAUCAGGGAACCGACCGGACCACAGGAGGUUUGCGCAGGAUGCAUCCUCUCCCAAAUCCAGACCAACCGUCGCACUCUCAUCUCAAUCCGCGCAGGGAUGCUAGGUCGGAUGCGAUCAGAAAAGCUAGUCAAAUCCAGGCGUCUUCAGUUUCUCAAUACUUGGAUUGAUGCAUACCCUCACGCGGAGGCGGCAGAGAUCUUCCGGAUUAGUGACUCCAUAGGAGAUCAUUUGAAGAACCACCUGCGUGCUGUCAGGGUGCAGAAUAAAAAGGAGAAGCGGAAGCAGCGGAAGAGGAAGCACCGAAAGCACGACGGAUCAUUGUCCUCUCUGAAAAACCUCGAUGAAUGGUUUGGGUCUGAAUUUGAGCGAAGGACAACACAGCGAAAGGGCUCGGAAAGCAGUGAGGGCCUCUACGUGCCGCUAUUGUGCUCCGCAAGUGCACUUGAUAGUGCAAAAGAACAGGAUGAGGAAAGCAAAUGGAGGAGGAGUUCCAUCUACUCCACUCCAAGUGGCUACUAA